GCCGCGGGGCGGGCGGCGGCGCUCCCGGAGGUAGCGGGGACGUCGCGUGCGUCCGGGCGGUGCGUCGGGCUGCAGGAGAAGAUGGCGGUCUCCACAGGCGUUAAAGUUCCUCGUAAUUUUCGCUUGUUGGAAGAACUUGAAGAAGGACAAAAAGGAGUAGGCGAUGGUACGGUUAGCUGGGGCCUUGAAGAUGAUGAAGAUAUGACACUUACAAGGUGGACAGGCAUGAUUAUUGGGCCACCAAGGACAAAUUAUGAAAACAGAAUAUAUAGCCUGAAAGUAGAAUGUGGACCUAAAUACCCAGAAGCACCUCCAUCAGUUAGAUUUGUAACCAAAAUUAAUAUGAAUGGAAUAAAUAAUUCCAGUGGAAUGGUGGAUGCACGGAGCAUACCAGUGUUAGCAAAAUGGCAAAAUUCAUACAGCAUUAAAGUUGUACUUCAAGAGCUGAGACGUCUAAUGAUGUCCAAAGAAAAUAUGAAGCUUCCACAGCCACCAGAAGGACAAACAUACAACAAUUAAUUUUAGUGGAUUUAAAACUUGUCUUAAAUCAACAACCUUCUAUUCAUGUUAAUGUCUUGAUUAAAUAUCACAAUGCAAAAUACCCACACAUUAAGUAAGAUAAUUCCAGCUGGUAAACAUGACCUGGACAUCUGUAAGAGUAUAUUUAAUAUAUGUACACCCAUUAUGUUUUCAGGUAACAGGAGGAAAAUCCAGCACAGUUUUUUUUCUUGUUAAGGCACCGUCAUUUAAGCAUGAACCUGGAGUACUCAGAGUGGAACUCAGGUUUCCAGGUGGAAGAACAGCGAGAAGUGUCAGAUGGCUGUGCAAAGCAGAUGUGUUUCUGAAGAGAAAGCUCAAGAAGGAAAACCCAGAACGGCGUGCUCUUGCUUAGUGAAAGAGCUUCCGUUGAAAUUGUCUAAAAUAGCAGGUACAAUGAAUAUUGUCACAAAAUGUGUUCAUUUUUGAAGCAGUAUAGGUGCUGACUACCAGUAGUAUCAAAAAUACGUUCAGGAUUGUUUUGAUACCUGUAUUUAUAAUAAAAUUGUUGUGGGGAGGUGGACGGAUUUCCGUCACAAGCUGUUCCUGGGUGUUCCAUGUACCAGACGCGGUGAAGAGUUGUUUACAGUCUUUGUUGGACAAACCAUGCAUUUACAUUUAAGUGAAAUCAACAAAAAGGAAAUAGAUGUAUGGAUAUGUGAUUUUGAGAUUAACGUUAGUCUUAAAUUGUAAAUAAAAUGUGGAAUGUGUCCUCAGAAA